GAUUUCCUGAGGAAGUCGGAGGGGGCUUUCCAAGUUACUCGAAUUGACAUCAACAGCGCACAAGGCUUUAACGCUGUGGAUUUUUUAGCUUCUCCACGGGCCAAAUUGCGCACUUUUUUCCUCCAAACUGGACAUCCGACCAUGAAAAGGUUUGGUGUGUCGGCGGCCGCGGCGUGUGUGAGAGUCAGCGAGGACGGAUUUCUCUGUGAAUUUUAGUCGCUGGAGACGUUCGCGGUGUCUGGGAGCGUUCAUGAAGUGGACAAGCCGCCGAGGCUCCGGCUGUUACAUUGUUCAGAGGCAGAAAACAGUGCUGCAAUAUCGGACGACGUCCAUAACUGAUUCAUGAAAGUCUGGUUCAGGCCUGUAAGCUACUGAUGGAAAAACCGUGAUGACACACAGCUGAGCUUAACUCUCUGUUGGAUUCACAAUUUGUGCUGAGGCAUUGUCAGUCUUUGGGAGGAUGUUGAGGUUGCUUUUGAUCACUGGGUGCUCUUUCUCACUUCACAACCUGGGCCAUUUGAAUCUGACAUCUGUUGAACUCUCAGAAUAAACACGUGCAGGCAUGUUCAAAGAAAACCUCCUUUACCUGGACGCCAUUCAUCCCUGAACUUACACUCUUGGUGGAUUGGGUUACACACUUCAGAGCCAGCUCUUUCUGGUGUUGAAUUCUGUCGGACUCGGAUGUGGAGCUUUGGGUGAGACGGCACAAAUGGUCUCCCUGCAUCUGAAUUUUUGCUUUCUAUCUUUUUGAGGUCAUGUCCUUGUCGCGCCGUGUGGACGGGCGGGAGCAGCAGAUUGCUCUGCAGCAGCAGCAGUCCUUACUCCCGCAGCGUGGUGGUUUUCAGGACCACUUCGUCAUGCCUCCCGAGCCCAAGUACUGCUGCGAGUACUGUCGCAUGGUGCUAUGUAAUCCUCGGCAGACUGAGUGUGGACACCGCUUCUGCGAGAGCUGCAUUAACCAGCUGCUUAGUAAACCGAAUCCGGUGUGCCCAGCUGAUAUGGAGCCAUUAUCUCAAGAUAAAAUAUUUCGUGAUGUUUGCUGCCAUAGAGAGAUUAUGACACUGAAAGUCUACUGCCGCAGUGCGAAAAACGGAUGUAAAGAACAAAUGAGUUUACAGCAGGUUACGGACCAUUUGAAUAUGUGUGAGUACUUUGAGGUGCCCUGUCCGUUGUGUAAAGAGAAGAUAAUGAGGAAGGACAUGCCUGAACACUUGAACCGCAAAUGCAAAUACCGUGAGGCCACCUGUGAAUUCUGCAAACACAAAAUGGCCUUAACGGAGCUACAGAAACACAAAGAAACCAUUUGUCCUGCAUUUCCAGUAGCAUGCCCUAAUCAUUGUUCAUUUUCAUCCAUUGUAAGAAGCGAGCUGUCCAUUCACCAGCAAGACUGUCCAAAGGCUCAAGUCACGUGCUCCUUCUUUCGUUUUGGCUGCACCUACAAGGGUCUGAACCAGGAAAUGAGGGAGCACGAGUCAAGCUUUGCCUCAGAGCACUUGCGACUGAUGGUGGCCAGAAGCAACACGCUAGAGGCCAAAGUGGAGGAUGUCAAGAAUGAGCUGAUGGAACGCUACAAGGUUCUCCCAAGUCUGAGCAGUCGUCUUACAGAAGUGGAGGAACAGUGUAAGGAUAUGAGGGAGAAAUACCGACAGGUGGAGCAGAAACUAUCUAGCGUACAGAAGCUAAUGAGCGCGCACACGGAGAAGCUGCUGGAGGUGGAGAUGGAGCUGAGGGAGCUGCGGCCUUUGAGGGCCAUGCGUGAGGAAGUGGAAGCUCUGAGGGGCGCCGUGGAGAGUAUGCGCUCUGUGGUAGCAUCACUCGACUCUGUCCGCACUGGUCCUGGUACCCACACGCUGACCUCAUUAGAGACACAGCUGUCACGGCAUGAUGAGAUGCUCAGUGUGCAUGACAUUCGUUUGGCCGACAUGGACCUUAAGCUGCAGGUGCUGGAGACGGCCAGCUUUAAUGGAACUCUUAUUUGGAAGAUUCGUGACUACAAACGGCGCAAGCAAGAGGCAGUGGCUUCUAAAACGUUGUCGCUUUAUAGCCAGCCUUUCUACACAGGCUAUUUUGGCUACAAGAUGUGUGCGCGUGUUUACCUGAAUGGUGAUGGCAUGGGAAAGGGUACACACCUGUCACUCUUCUUCGUGGUGAUGCGUGGUGAGUAUGAUGCACUGCUGCCAUGGCCUUUCCGCCAAAAAGUGACACUCAUGCUGAUGGACCAGGGUCCUGCACGCAAGCACCUGGGUGAUGCCUUCAAGCCUGACCCAAACAGCAGCAGCUUCCGGCGGCCCACAGGGGAGAUGAACAUUGCCUCGGGCUGUCCACUCUUUGUUGCUCAGACUGUGCUGGAGAACGGGACCUACAUCAAAGAUGACACCAUCUUCAUCAAGGUCACAGUGGACACCUCAGACCUGCCUGACCCAUGACACCUGGACAAUUAUCCCAUUGAGUCCAUUUUUAUAACAGAUUUUUCUAUCAUGCCAGAGGGCCUGGUGCUCAUCACGGAUGUUACGAGGUCACAGGAUUGGGAAAAACAGAGCAGGAACCGAUGAGAAGAAUCAACCAAACACAAGCGCGUGCUGAGAGUCUCAGGCUGGUGCUCCUGAGACGGUGUAGGCACAGUUUCUUGAGGGACAGAUGUGGAUCCUUUGGAUCUUGCCCAGGGUAGGGGAGGUCUCAGAUAGCCACAGUGUUCAAGAUGGAGCAGCAAGAGCAAAGGGUUUUCACCUCUAAUCAAACAAAAGUAUGUCAUUGUCUGUGUUGGUAAAGACUAAGUGAGAGACAAAACGUUAGGUGAUGAAACCAGCAUCAUGCCAGCAUGAAGAGCCGCCUUUCAGCCAGAAAAAAGUAAGAGGGAUCCGUUUGUUCUCUGUAACUGACAUGUUAACAGCUAAAAAAAUAAAUAAAGACCGCUAAAAAAUAAAUAAUAUUUAUAAAGAAAUAUUUCACUAAAAAAUAAAGUAUUUCAAUCAGAGAAAAUUAAAGAGUGGGCCUCAUUUAUCAAUCUUUUAGUAAACUUGUGUGUAAAAACUUUUCAUAAGACAAAACAAACUAAAAGUUCCUGUAAGAUUUUUUUUUGGUAAAUGAUUUUCUUUGUACUCCAGUGUGUAUGUUGAUAAAUGCCAGUCUGCUGUUUUGCAUUUAGUGAUCUCCAUAAAAGGCAAAGCUCAUAGAGAGCUGAAAAUAACAACAUGAUGACUAAAUGAUGAAAGUGUACCUCCUAAGCAUGAAGUGUGCUAAAACUUCCAGUAAUGCAGCACUGUCAUUGCCACACUUUGGCUACCACAGACACACACUAACUCUUCCUCCCUUUCUAGGGUGCUAUUUCUUUUCUCCUAAUUGAAUGGCUAGUGUUAUUUGUCAUAAUUUAUGGAUUUGUUUUGGAUUGCUUUCUUUCAAGUCAUUAAUAUAAAACGAGUUUCACAUUUUCAUUAAAUUUGUGUGUAAGUGAAAUAAUGAGCGAUUUAAACUUGACCUUGAUCUGUGUAUAAAAUCUCAGUAACUCGUAAUGAUUGGCAUCAAAUCGUAUAAUUGGUGAAGUUCACAUUAGCGAGUCCUUAUUUGUAAAUUUAAACAAACUCAGGAGCUUUUGUAGGAUACAAAUAUUUUUUUUCGAACUAACCGGAUUUUCAUGAAUAGCACAUUAAUUAUGUAAAUGCUCUAUGAACGAUUUAUGAAUAGAUGGGGUGGUAUCCAGCUUGAUAAAUGAGGCCCAGUGUCUGUAUUGCAGGCUGUUGAUCUGGCAGAUAAGCUUUUAUAUUCAGUGAAAAAGAGAUACUGUGUAUUCCACUGUAUCCAGUGAUGUUUAGUGGUUUUGUAAAAAAAACAAAAACAAAUUUUGUGCUGAAGCAUUCAUAUAGAGAAGAACAGCGUGUAUAGAAUGUGUUGUGUGCGCACAGUGGUAGAACUUUCUUUUUUGGUGUACUGGUAAUGGACUGUAAUGGACCUGUGUUGUGAAGCAUGAAGAUGAAAGGAAUCCAUGAAACACAUUGGGGCAAAAAAAAAAAAAAAUGAUUGCAUGUAAGACCAACAAAACUUUAAUGCGUUUAAUCUCCCAAAUGUGUUUACUAUUCUGACACAUUAUUUUUUGUAAUGUUAAAUAUUGAUGGAUGCUAUGCAUCAGAAUAUAUUGUUCUUUUUUUUAACACCGUUUGUAAUACUAGCCUCUAAGUCUACAGCUAUGCUGACAGAAACUUUUACAGUUAACCAGAUCACUUUUAAAGAAGAAUAUUUGCACAAUUAUGGUUUUUCUAAGUGUAAUGCAAAUGUAUAUGUAUAUGAAUAUAAAAAAUACAUUUUACCAUA